CUCGACAGCUAUCUCCCCGCAACCAGUCCGGCGCAUGCACCUGCGCAACCGGCCCUAUCAUACACAAUGGCGGACACCGACGAAGCGGCGAUACAUAUGCCAUCCCAGGAUGGGUCAGCACACAUCGAAGUCGACCUAUCCGACGAGACGCAGGACUUUCGCAUGCUGAGCAAUAUUUCCUUUCUCUCGGAUGGCUCUCAAGCUAGUAUACCCAAACGCGGCGAAAAGGACUUUGAACCGAACCCAACGCUCUACCAAGCCGACGUCCUCUCCGCCUCUCGACAGGCGAUGCACAACGCCCUUUCCUACCCUCGCAUACACCACCCCAAAAACCAGAUAGUGGGCGUGUACGCGCCAAUUGGUCCCGUCGCCCCUCCGCCAACUACUUCGAAUCUCGAGUCUAUUACAGAAGAAACUCAACCUACGGAAUCUCCGAGCAAAGCGAUCGGAAAUGUCCACCCAGAUGCCUGUGUCUAUGUCGCAAACCCGAAGUCCAACCUCUUCAAGACGAUGGGACAGGCGGACCGGUGGAACCGGAUUUGGCUACUUCCCGAGGAGGCUCUGUUCAUGCUGGAGAGAGGGAGUCUGAAUAUUCAUUGGCCUCGUUCGGAGGUGGGAUACGACGAGGAUGAGCAUAGCGUCGAGGACUCGGAGAUUCCGAUGAGCUUGCAGGCUGCUUAUGCGGCGUUUGCGUCUCGGGGUGGGCUGAACAGUGAGAGGUUCUCUGUCUACACGGGCUUGAGGCGCUUAGGGUACACGGUCACCCGGGCUCCGGGCUGGGAUGACGAGGCCGAGGAGGCGAGCAGCAAUGAGCCUCAGGCUUCAGAGAACAUCCGACAGCAAGGUGCGGGGCUAGCAGGGAUAUAUUCGAGGUUCAUGAAGUGGCUCUGUCCUCCCAGUUCAAACACGGCAUUGGGGCCCGUUGCGGGCGUGGGUUUCCACCGUAGCUAUGAUGAUAUCUACAGCAAACUCUCGAUAAUCCCCUGGUAUGACCCGACUGCGAAUUUGAAUCCGGGGUCUCCCGCGCAGGCGCCCUACCGUGUUGUGUUCCAUGUCUACAAACCAUCCACCCCGUUCAAGAAGUCUGCGCCGCCAGCACCCGAUUUCCGCAUCGCAGUGGUCAAUGCACGUGCGCAUACCUCCUUCCCUACCCUAUCGCAGCUGGGGGCUCUGCUCGAAAGCACACCCUUGGACCCACCGUCGAGUGAGAAGAUGAGCCGCCAGUUGUAUAUGCGGCUGCGCCACGGGUACCGGAAUGUGAUCCUGGCCGUCGUGGACGAGGGUGUCGUGAGCUAUUUACGGAUCUCGGAGGCAGCUUUCGGCAAGGAGAAGCUCUACAAGCAAAAGGCAGUAGCCAACAAGACACAGUACCGGCCGAAGCCGAAGGGGCGAUGAGAAUCGGAUCUGUGUGCAGCCAAGCGGCUCAAAUUCACUGCCACACCUACGAAUGGCUCGGCUAUGUAGCCACCAAGCAUAUGUCUCCCCUAUUUGGAAUAGUUCUCUGGACAAAGCCCUGCGAUCCACGAAUGUACGGAUGAGGGCUGGGUAGAGGGGAUACAAGGUGAAUCUGCCAUCAUCUUUAGGGCAUCCGCCUAUGUUGUGAAAAGAACGGAUGCAGAUGCUCAGAUGGCUUUCUCCGUGAGUCACGGGCAGAAGUGAGAAGUGCAGAGGGCGGAGUGAGGUGCGAGCGGCACUGAAUGUGCCAGUGUGAAAAAUCUCUUGGUAUAAUAUCUAAGAUGCCCCUCCGACGCCGAUAAAUUGUAGACCGAAGACAAACCGGCAGCACAAAAGCUGUCAACUCCUAUUUG